CUUGAGAUCACGGGUUCCAUGUGGCCCCUGAACCAAAAUGAGUCAGACACCCCGCUAUAUAUGAGGUCUAUGGAGGGAAAAAUAUAUAUUCAGUGAAGCUGAAUUUCCUUUCUAGGAGUUCCAGACGGAGAGGUCACAGUAACCAGUGCAUCAGCACCUGCAACACAUGACAUCAGCCCGUCUCUCUGCGGCUCGGAGCAGCUUCAAACGUGGUUUUUAGUCUUGCUCCACAGGGUGGCCACUUCGCUUUGGGCGAUUUGCAGCCACAGGUAACAUUCAGAUGUAGAAUUUUGCAAUUUAAUAUCAACUUUACAUCAUUCACACUUACUUGUAAAAUAGUCGCCUGGUGAAUAGCUCUGCUCUCCAAAGAGAUUCGACAUAAUAAGGGAGCUAUGGACACCGAGAAAGAGAAAAAUGUGCCUGAUGCGUUCUGCAGGUCUCUGGGACAAAGAACUUCCUGCAAAGCGACAAGCAUUGUGCUGGGAUGUGGAGCGGUGCUUCUUUUCUUUGGUGCAGUGCUCUUCUGUGUGACUGCUCCAAACCUGUGGAAACUCCAAGAUAAGAACGUUUAUAAUGUUCGCUACAGCUUGAACAUCAACGGGGAGGUGAGGGAGGGCUCCAUGGAAAUUGAUUCUGACAACAAUCUGGAGAGAUUUAAAACUGGGAGCGGAGCUGAGGAAGCUGUGGAGAUUCAUGACUUUCAAAUCGGAAUAACUGGAAUCCACUUCUUUGGAGGAGACAAAUGCUACAUAAAAUCCCAAAUCAAAGCAAACCUUCCGCUCCUGGGAGCUCACAACAAAGAGACGCUGAUGUUUGACCUGACAGACGAGUUAUUGCCUGUAAGGUUUGACGAGGAGUCCCUGGUUUGGGUUGCAGCCGAGCAGCCGCUGAAGGACACCACAUUUCUGAGCCACAAAAUUCUGGAUCUUUGUGGUGAACUUCCCAUUUUCUGGCUCCAGCCUGUGUUUUUUAAAGAUGGGGAGAGGAGAAGGCGAGGCGCGCGGCGAGCCAAACGGCAGUUAAACAUGGAGGAGAUGGAGGCAGCUGCUGCUGAGGCGAGGGACCCGGUCAGUCGCGGCGAGCAUGACGCCUCAGAAACCGCGGACGGAGGGGAGUCGGCCGCCGGGUCAGCGUACAACCCUGAUAACCCUUACCACCGCAGCGGAGGAGCCCGAGACGAGAGCGCCGUGACCUUUGACACCAUGUUGGAGCACCAGGGAAUCUGCUGCUCAGAAUGCCACCGCAGCUACACUCACUGCCAGCGAGUGUGCGACCCUCUGCGAGGCUACUGGCCCUGGCCCUAUCACCACAGAGGGUGCCAGGUAGCGUGUCGUGUCAUCAUGCCCUGUCGCUGGUGGGUGGCGCGCAUCUUAGGCGUCGUGUAAACUCGACACGCCGAAAGGAGUCUUUCAUAUGAAGCGAUUUUCAGUCUCUGACCUUUUAUGUUCAUUUUCGGAGAUGUUGACAAAUGAGCAGAUUGUGAAAUAUGAUUACUGGCAGUAUAUUUGCGACUGAUAUUCAUAUGGAUGUAUUCAAAUACACUGUAAAAGAGGAACACGGAGAUGUCACAUUCUUUCUUCCAGCAAUAGAUUUACUCUUUUUUUUCAUUUUUCUAUCUGAGGCUUAAUGCACUGUACUGUUGAAGGGAAUGGAUCCAAAAGGCUCAGCAGAUCAUGUACCUUUUUCUGACUGAACAGGCUUCAAUAUGUUCUAAUUACAGUAACUGGCUUUGAUGUUGAUGUUUUUCGGUGUCACAUGGUGUUUCCAUGGUUCCUUCGGCUGCUCGGCUGAUAAAACGGAAGUGACAGCAACAGUUGCCAUAACUUCCAUUCACAGCUCUAAAUCAGUUGGAGGGCAACUCAAUUUGCACACAUUGACAUCUGCAUUGAUGUGAACUAAUGUGAGAUGAGUGUUGUGGGAAUGAUGGAACGUAUUAGCAUAAAGGUGACGCAUUUAUUAAAUAUUUAAUUUCCUUUCAAACAGAGAGUGUAAAUGAUCAAGAAGUAAUCUUAAGGAGGGGCAUUUUCUUUUUUUUAUUUAUUUUUUUGCACAGAUGCUUGUGGUGUCGGCUAGUCUAAAUAACUCACAAUCAAAAAAAAAAUCAGAUUAGUAUCUCUAAAGCCAUAUGCCAACUCUCGGAAUAAUUGAAAGGAGCCAUGUUGUGAUUAAGUCAAUUUCACAGAGGGUGAUCCAGGCACAUCAAAUUACAACAGAUGUGAAAUUGCACCAUAUCUGCCACAAAGCUGCAUUGAAACUCCGGAGCAGUGUGAGGAGGCAACACAAAGAGAUGCUUGUCUUUUUUGCUUGGAGAUUUCUUUUCUGGUUUUCAUGGGGGUAGAGGUGCUUAUCACAUCUGCAGUGCUGAUAAGACGGCCUCCGUGCUUCCUCGGGCUAUAUAAUAUUAAUCCCUCUCCCACGUCCGCAGAUACACUUAAAGGAAGGUGACAAGCAUGACAUAUCCAGGACCUCCUGAUGGCUCGUGCUCUGGAGAGCAGCCGCUAAAAGAACCCCAAGUACCCUCAAGUGAUGUAAAUUUGCAGGGGGAGUCCAAUUUCCAUCACAGGGCUGUCACUGCCAUGGUCAUUAAACUAAAUCAUCCUGCUGUGUGUCACACAGCUCCCACUUUAGAGUCCCCUCAAUAAUGGAGUUAUACUUGGACUGCAGAUUGCAGCACAACACUGAACGUCUGACCUGACAGGCACUGUAGAAGUAGCUUGAACGUGGCUUUCUUUAAUGCUCAGAAAUAACACAGACGGAGCAGGUAUGAGGAAUAACUUGAAAUUAUCAAUCAGCUGGGAAAGGGGCUCUUUAAGUGCCUGCUGUUGCAAUCAAAAAGACCUGCUAAUAAUAUACAUAACAUGAUGAAACUUGUUUUUUCUCUUUCUCAGAAUAAAAAGGAAGGCAAAAACCUGCAACACAACACAUACCUAUUCAAAACGGCGUUUAAGCAAAGAAAUAAAAAACACACAUAGCUCAGGAGAACAGCCGUUUUGUUAUCCUGAGGCCCUGUAUCUACACAACUCGUCUUCUUUUGCUAUUCCUCGAGCUUCUAAAAAGAAAAUCUGCCCCCGUUGAGCAGUAAAGAUGAAUGCGUUGGAGAUCAGCUUCAGUGUGUGAGACAGUGGUGCCUUUUUGUUUGUCUCCCCUUUGGAGCUGAGCUUACCCUGGGAGCCCUGCGGGCCAGGGAACAAACAGAGCUUUGUGCGUGCCGACCCACUGUGCCCAGCAGCCAGACUGUAAACCUCCACUCCUGUGUUAAUAAGAAGCCACAGAUGAGGAAUCCGCGCAGAUGACGAGGGAGGGGAGCUUUCCCGCAUCCACCUGUGCUUUCAUCAUUUCCCAUCAAAACAAGCACGGGCAGGCGGGGGCUGUGCAAAGCUUUUUUUUUUUUUUUUUUUUAGCAGCUAUCCUCCUGGCACCAAAACUUAACAUUUGGGAAACCUUGAUUUAUUUUAUUUUUUAUUUUUUUGGAGGGGGGUAAUUUUAUACUAAUCAAUCUCAUGCACUCCCCUGUAAAUAUAGCAGCAAUCUGUCAUAAAUUCCUUGUUGAUGCCUAAGAGGCAUUAAAAGUGUGAACAAGAGUGUGAAGUGAAGCACUCUAGUUGACAUGUCCUACAUUUGAUUGCAUGUUUUCCAUUACAUCAAGCCAUGAAUGCAAUAAACAGUAGUGACAGCCCAUUUUGCACCCUAACAGUGAACACAGAAACCCUUUUAGGCUGGCUCAUUAUGUUUGUUGCACUGAAAUACGGUUAUAACUGCUGGCACCGGAGAACCUGUUACACACAGUUUUGCACCAGCCGUAACAAACCGAAUGAAUGGUCAGAAAUGUGAGGCUGGAAGAAGGGUUGUUCUGGUGCAAGGCUUAAAUGCUUUUUAAUCCCAUGGUUGAGUGACUGCUUGCAGUCUUGCCCGGCACUCUGCCUGCCUUUGUAGGUCUGCGUGAAGUUCCCCCGCUGCUGGCUGAAGCGCCUUCUUCCCUCUCUUUUCCUCUCUUGCCGUUCUCUCCUGCUUUGUAUGCAAGCCCCAAAUGACUGUUAAUCAAAUGCCGGCG